AUGAAGUAUUUUAUUUUUCUACUCUGCGUGUUAUAUACCGAUGCGACACAGUACAAUGACCGGCCAACUAUAGGUGUUCUCUCGCAGGAGACUUAUUCCACCCAGCAUUUGUUUCCUGGCGAGAAUUACACCAGUUUUAUAGCUGCUUCGUACGUUAAAAACAUCGAGGCAUCUGGCGCUAGGGUCGUGCCAAUCUUAAUUGGCAGGAAUCGUAGCUACUAUCGAGAGCUCUUGGGCAAAAUAAAUGGAGUGGUAUUCCCUGGUGGUGCCACAUACUUCAACCAGAGCAACGGUUACGCAGAUGCCGGUCAAUACAUUUAUGAAAUCGCCCAAGAGUUGAAUGACGCUGGUCACCACUUCCCGAUAUUUGGAACUUGUUUGGGAUUCGAGCUCCUCAUUAUCCUCGCUUCGGGGCGUGGGAGGAUAGAGAACAGGGGUCUUUGCUAUAGCUACCGUAGCCGACCUUUGAGCUUCACGACAGACUUCCGGUGCAGCAAAAUGUAUGCAGAAAUGCCGGACGACGUCGUUAAUAUUCUACGGACUCAGUCAGUUACCGUAAAUGCACACCAAUUUUGCAUUUUUGAUGAGAACUUAAGAUCGCAUAAUUUAACAAAUGACUGGCGUGUGACCUCAUACAGCACAGAUAACUACGGAGUUCCAUUCAUCUCCAGUAUAGAACAUAGAAGGUAUCCAUUCUUCGGAACUCAAUUCCACCCAGAAACAGUAUCGUACGAAUGGCGUAAAACAUCAGACAUACCUCACACGCCAGAUGCCUUGACAGCGAAUCGUUAUUUCAUGGAUUUCUUCGUUAAGGAAAGUCGGAAGAACGAGAAUUUGUUCCCAGAUAAAACAGAAGAGGACCAACAUUUGAUUUAUAACUAUGCAGCGAGGUUCACUGGCGCACUGGGAGGAUAUUAUGAACAAAUUUAUGUGUUUGAACCGAGAGAGUUCGUUUUGAAUUACAAAUGA